AUAGCCAAAUUCAGCGCGCGCUGUGCGUUAUGCGAGCUCACGCGCGCACUCUGUGCACAAUUUGUGGAGGAUCAACACAAACAGGAUUUUAUGAUGGUAACCAUGCAUUCUGUAUAAGCUUGACAAACUCAGAGCCGGGAUCAAGAUCAUCAAUUCUCCAUACUUCCUAUCAGAAAUGGGUGCAGACUCUGGUCCCCCAGUGAUUUGUACUAUCACUGAGGACAACCACAAGGCUGAGAGCCCUGUGGCGUAUCAAUCACUCCAAGGGUGUGGAGUAGAGGAUAAGUUCUUGGAGCACACAGUAGGUUGUAUGUUAGUAUAGUAUCUUCGGAUUGCUGAGAUGGAGCCAACCGUCGUGCCUGUAGGAUGGAAGAGAGCCAUUGUCAAUGAGAAAGUAGUCUAUAUGAGCCCCAGUGGACAGCUCUUGCAGUCAACCGAGGCAGUACAGACCUACUUGAGCUCCAAUGGCACCUGCAAGUGUGGCCUUGAGUGUCCGAUCAACCUUGACAAAGUCUUCAACUUUGAUCCCCGGGUGCUUUGCAAGCCACGUACAGCCCAGGAAGCCAGUAACGACAAUGGACUCACUAAUCUCUGCAACCAUAAGAGGAAAGUGGUCGCCAUGGCAACCUGGCUAGACAGUGUGGAGACGGCAAAGGUGGAAGAUGAUGUUAAAGCCAACAAUCCUGGUCCAAGUAAAAGUAGACCCAUCCCCAACUUUGCAACAGAGAUGCAAUUCCCUAACUUCCCAACCCCGAACGCUCUUCCCAGCUCCAUGCACCCCGGUACUAUGCCACAAAUGAAUCAGAUGAACUACAUGCACCAUAUAGACUCAAUCCCAUUUGAUGCCCAUAUGCAACGCAAUACUAUUGAGGCACAACAGCACCAGAUGCGAAUGCUCUAUGAAUUCCAUCAACAGUUUGGUACAAAUCUGAAACAACGCAAGCCCAAAAACCAAGGGGAGUUUAUUGCUGGUAACCAGCACAUGCAGCAGCAGAUACCUUUCACCGGGCAGAGUGUACCUGGUAUGUCUCCCCCAAGGUUUGCUUACCCAGGUAUGCCUCGAUAUCCUCGGCAGAGAUUCCCUUUUCCGGGUGAAUUCAAUCAGCAGCAUCCUGGGGCAAUGAGGAACCUUCAUCCUGGGGUUGUACCAAGGGGCGUGCCUCAAGGAAUGAUGUCUCCGCAAAUGGGCAAUAUGUUUCCAAGGCCACAACAUUCACAUGUAGCAAACAAUCAACAGAUGUGCAUGCCUGGCAUGUAUGGAGAGGAUGUAUCGAUGUACGUAGCUGGACCUACCAGUCCUACCUUCCCAGGAAUACUGCAUCCUGGAAUAAGGCCUAAAAAGAAGAGGUCACGUAGCGCAGAUCAGGUCAAAGUGCCAACUACGUGCUCUCCAAUUCAGCAUGUCCUUUGUGAAUCUGAUACCAGGUCCAUGUCUGCUAGUAAUCUCCUGUCCAUUGCUGCUAAAGCUCAGUUAGCAAACAAACAGCAACAAGAAGCUGUUUGUAAAAUGCCAAACCUCGCCAGCCAAUUACUACAACUCCCCCAUGAGGAAUUGACCAAAUUGAUAAAAGCUCACCAACAGCAGGCAAAAACGGAAUCAAAUGAGAAAGAUGCAAACUCUGAGCAAUUGUCUACCAAUCAAUCAACAAGUCUCUGUCAUGCAGCACCUAUGGACAAUCCAUCUAAAAACCUAGAGACAGAAAAAUCUAUUGUACAGGAACCACAAAGUAUAGUAGAUGGUGAUGGGGAUGCAGCCCAUCAUAGGGACACUGCUGAAAGUGAAGAAAAAGAAUCUGUAUGUGAACCACAAUGCGAGGAGAUUCCUGCAGAUCAAGAGAAACUCCAAGACUCCGGGCCUUUGACAACUCCAUCUCCACCAUCACAAGCAAAGUGUGUCAGUCAGAAAUCAGAGAGUUUUGAUGAGAGUUCAAGAACUUGGGCCAAUGAAAUCAAGGAUGUGACUGACAAACAGACAGUGUCUGAUGAGCCUGUGAAAUGUGAAAAGAGUGAACCGAACAAGGAAAGUUCUUCAGAAGUGCAAUCUAGCAAUCCUAAAAGUAAUCAUCCAUUGGAACAUGUCAUGAAUGAAGAGGAGUUACAUAGAUUAAAAAUGGAGCAAGAAUACCUCCAUGCUUUACCUGGUAAUGUGCAACAACCACUGAGAGCUGGAUAUCCAGUUGAAAUGAUUCCAGGCAUGCCAACCAGAAUGCCAGUACCACCAGGACAUGUGGUUCCUAGGAUGCCAGGAAUACCAGAGCUUGGUGCCAUGGGUUACCCUCCGGUACCGUGGGGAGGACUCCAGAAUCCAACAUUUGCAAUGCAUGAAACAGAACUAGACUUUGCUCCAAGCAAAAAGCGCAAAAGGAAGGCUAAAAAUCAGAGGAGUAUUUCUGCUGAUGGAUUAUUCACUCAUAGUGGUAUGGUGUCCCAUCAGCAAAUUCCUCAGAUGAUACCUUUUCACAGUCCUGACCAACCAGCUAUGCCUCAGAUGGUUGUGAGGAAUCCCCACAUGAACCCUCCUCCUCCUCAUAACCCAGUACCACCUAAUCAUCACGAGUACCCUCAUACACAUAUUCCAGGAAUGGUACGUCCUCCAUUUCCUGAUCAGCAGCUUGUCAUAGAACAACAGAAUAUCAAUAGUCUUCCUGUCAUUGUUCAAAGUGCUCUUGAAGAUGCUCAGCUGAGGAACAUGCUGCCUCAGUUGCAACAACAGCGACUAUACAUGAAAACUACGGGUCCUAAGAAGGUGAAGGAUAUGCUUGCAGACUUACGUAAUUCCAAUCAGACCGCUGUCACAAGUGCAAAUUCAGAAAUUUCCAGCACCAGUAAGGAUGUAACACCCAUUGCUCAAAGUAUCAGCGAAACCAUAAAUACAACUUCCACCAAUGCUCCUACAUGUAUAUCUCAAGCAGUUAAAAAAUCACAACAAACAUUGUGUACAGAAGCAUCCCAGACAGUUAUUGAAUUAGAUCCACAAUUUUCUUUGCCUAGAGAUUCCAUCAAAACCUGCAAUGCCACGGGCAGUGAACCACUAAGCACUAUAUAUUACUCCAGCAAUGCAGAUUCUUCAGUAGAUUCUCAACAUCGUUCUGGGAUUGCAGUGUCAGAACCUAUAAAUGAACAGUACUCAUCGAUAUUAAGUGAUUCGCACAGUGAAGACAUGCAAACGAUUGGACAAAAUCAGGAUUGUGAUAAUUCCGAAGACAGUUUGAAUAAUUGUGGUACAGGUAAUGAUGAAGUAGUAACUCGUCUUGCAGCUGGAGCCAACAUGGAUGAUGCUCCGUGUGUUACAAGACAGGAAGUAUAUAGUGAAACAAAUGAAACUUCAGUGAAGGUUCUUAAAAAAACCUCAAAGGCAGAUGGGACUGCAGUUGAUAUUGCUUGUUCAACUUCAUCUACAAGUAAGACAUCAGAAUCUGGGAAUCUGUCCACAUCAGCUAUGCCGUCAGAGAGUGAAGAACAAGAAGUUGCUACACUUCUCUUAUCAAUGACUGAUCAACCCUUAAAGUCCCCUUUUAGCAACAGUUCUGAAAAAUGCCAUCGAGAAGAUAAUCAUACUGUUAAUCUGUCGGCUGAUGUUUCUCAUUGCAAAAAUGAAGGUGUAACAUUAGAAUCUGGUAGACAAGUUACCAACAAUGAGUGUUCUACUCAGAAAGAACAGAGCAAUGAGAGUGAGAUCUCAGUUGUUACAUAUUCACUUCCAGUGGCUGGAAUCGAUUCCUCAAUGGAUCAAGUUGCGCAAAUGACAGAUAGCAGUAGUGAUUGUUGUAUGGCUGAUGAAUUGACUAUCAACCAAGCAGAUAAUCCCAGUUCUAGUUUUGAAGCAUCACAAGACCAAGUAUUUAGUUUAGAAAAUGCUUGUCUGUUAAUGCAAGAUACUGAAAAUGUUGAAGAAUCAAAUUCAGAGUGUGAUGUUUCUACAAGGUCAGAAGUCUUGCCCAUGAACGCUGCAUGUGAUGAUAAAGCCAAAGAUUCACCCCAGUCACAAGAUUCUUGUCAUGUCAUGUCAUGUUCACAGGCUGAUGAAUCAAGGGAAGACUCUUAUGAAAGAAAUCCAGAACCAGGCAGUGAGGCUGAUGCCGAGGUCUCUUCUAAAGGGAUUACAACAGAAGCAGAGAAUGCCACAUCAAGAAUACAACUCAGUAGUGAAGUAGAUAAAGAUAUUACAUCACAGGUCAAAGUUCAACAAUAUAUACCAGAUAUGGAGGUGGGAGGAGGGGAAGGAAACAAACUUGUCAAAUAUGAGCAAGAAACGGGAACUGAUUCUGAACUUAGUACAGCAGUUGAGAACAGUGGAUCUGACAACCAAUUAAGGACUGACCCACAAAUUGAUAUGAAAAAUGCCAAAGAAUUAUGUAAUGUAGAGGAAGAAUGUCAAAGAGGUUCAAUGGAAAGCUUAGAAGGUGUUAGUAGUGGAAGUGGAAGGCUGUUACCAGAGUGCAAUGUAAAUUCUAACAAUUCCAAUUCCGGUGAUCAUGUAGUUCAAAGUGAAGAAAUUUAUGAUGUAGAUUUAAAUUCAAAUACCAAACCUGCAGAGGCUUUAUCUGACCCAAACGAGGGUUGUGUGGACAGUGCUUUGUGUGAUGUCAGUGUCAUUGACAUACCAGGAGAAUCAUUAAAACGAGUCAUUUGUGAGGAAUCUGUAAGAGUGGAUGUUCCUGAAUCAGUUCUUGUGAGUUUGGCUAGGAAUAGCAUUGAUUUGUCUCCAGAAAAACUUGAAGAUCAGGAAAGCACCUCAUCUCCUUGUGGUCAUAAUUUUGAAAGCAAUGGUGAGGAAGCAAAAGAGGGAAUGUCCAUUAAUGUUUCUAAUCGAGUGCAGGAUUCGGUUGCUCUUUUGAGUGAGAGAACUGAUGAAGAUGUUCCAGAUUCUUCUGGGAGUAGUGCAGAGUCAUUGGAGGACGUUCCAAGUAGUGAGAACAGGACUGAAUCACAAGAACCUCUGAGGCAGUCAGAAUUGACAUUUGAAAACACUGCUGCUGUUCAGGACGUGAAGCAAGAAACAAAAUGUACAAGUAAAGAUUGUGGUGCUAGUGGUGGUCGAGCUGCCCUGAGGGACUCAUCUGUGAGCAACAUCCAAGAAGUGCUUCCUGUUCCUGAGAUGAUCAAGAAGCCAGCUGAUCAGAGUGACAGUGUGACCUCUGUCAUGGACAGACCACCGGAUAAUGGAAUAGUGGGAGAUGUAGCCUCUUGUUCUCCCACCCGUGAUGACGAACCUUCGUUCACACCUGAGUUUGAGACGGGAGACCUGGUCUGGGGUCAAAUCAGAGGUUACUCAUCUUGGCCAGGGAAGCUAGUUAGUGAUGCUGAGGUCAAAGGUCAAAAGAAGAAGGAAGAAGGCAAGGUUUGGGUGAUGUGGUUUGGGGAUCACUCCUUUACUCAAGUUGAACCAACCAAGUUAAAAACUCUCACCGAGGGUCUAGAGGCUCAUCACAAAGCAAGAACGAGGCAUAGAACAAGGCACCGGACAUUAACGAGCAGUUUAGAGGCAGCCAUCCAGGAAGCUAUGAUGGAGCUGGAUAAUAAAGCAGAACAGGCAAAUGAAAAGAAGAGGAAAGCGGGAGCAAGAGGGCGAUCACGGCUGAAAAGGCCAAAAAUCAGAUAAGAAAAUACCACAUUUUCACUAUCAUUAAUCUUGUGAUGGCCUUAACUAUGUGAUUUAAGUAUUCCUAUGAAAGAAUUGGUUUUAUUUAUGAGUGUGUGAUUUUAUGAUCAAAUUUUAUAGUAUUGAUUUAUUUUUCUGGUACAUCCAGGGGAAAUGAAUGUUUUACCUUUGUAGGUUCAACUAAAUCAGGUGGGAUAUCUUAUUGUCAAGUUGAUUUACAAAUGAAAAAUGUUAUAUAUAAUUUGAAAUGGAAAAAGUGCACAAAAAAUUGCACUGAAUCUUGUAUGCUGGAUAAAUUUUUAGCAUUCUCUCUGUAUGUUUCCACUUACUGACGAGUCAAGUGAACCACCCCACCGCUUCCCCCCCCCAAAAAAAAAUGAUUUAGAAAAUUUCAUUUUCUCCUGUCUCCUGUAACAUUUGAAAUUCAAUUCAUUUUUUUUUCGUAUGUAUUUCAUUUGCCAUUUUGUACAAAAUGAUAUUAAUUGGGGCUUGUCACUUAUGGCAGAAUUCCAAAAAUUGAAUCAGAGCAGAAAAAACAACAAUCAAGUAAGUGGCUAUGCCCUGUAUAUCAUCCCUGAAUCUAAUCUUAUGCAAUCAUAUUGGUUCUACAUCCAGAUAGUGGGAUUGGGAUUCCAGCUCAAUGGUAAUUUUUCAUGUAUUUAUCUACAAAAGGGCCGUCUGCACCAUCCCGAGUUUUCAAAUUAGCGCGCUAUUUCUGAUCCGACAAAUUAUCCCGAUCUGAACAAUCUCGAGAUUAUUUGCAAUGGAGACGCAAUUAUCGCGCUAGUUCGUAGGAUUAAUCUCGAGAUUGCAAUCCCAAGUCAACUUGGGAUUAUUUGCAAAAUAGCGCGCUAAUUCGUAGGUGCAGACGCACUAGGGAUUAUUUAUUCACGGCGUCAGACCAUAAUGCAUCGAUGCCUCGCUCGAGCCGGAAUCGCUCUUCUUGCGAUGGUGGCGACAGGGUUUCUUGAAUCUCGAGAUUAAUCGCGAAGAGGACCGAUCGGGCUAAAAUCUCAAGAUUGAGCAAACUCUGGAUGGUGCAGCACCGCCUUUGGACACUCAAAGGGAAAGAAUGGACACUUGGGUAAUUUUUUGAAACAUACAAUUUUGCUCAUUGUGAAGGGUGCCCAACAGUGUUGAGUAAGCAAACCUUUGCACUUCAACACACAGUAAUGUGUGAAGCAUAUGGGGUAAAUGAGAGGGAGGGGGUUAGCGAGAGGGCACAAGGGCGGCGCAUAGGAAUAAUUUCACCUCUCCAUUCGCAGUAACCUUUAAGAUAUAUGCAUAUAUUAUUUUAUCAAGAUUUUUUUUAAAAAAAGCUUAAAAUGUCAAAAUCACCCCCUCCACCCCUCUACCAUUUCCCCCAUAUGUUUUGUACAAAUCCCAAAAUGAUGAUAUGCGAAUGUAUACCUACCCAAUGCUGGCGGGCGUCCUUUCCAAGCGUUUCAUUAUGCGCUCUUUUGAGUGUCUUGUCUUUACCUUAAUAUAGUGUCUCUGAUAUCUAUGCCAACAGGAAAAUUAGUUUUGUUCGUUUACAAAUUAAAACCAUUUUCUUAUUGCCCAAUUCAAAUAUGGAAUACAUGUAUACGUCUCUAUGUUUCUGUACAAUACUUACAAUGACUGCGAUCUCUAUGUUGCUAUAUUUUUAAAGGGGGAGUGAACUGUGUGUGGUCUCUCAUUGACUGUAUAUUAUAAAUACAUAGUCUUAAAAUAUACUUUUGUCAGAUAUCUACUAAUACUACAGAGAAUAAAUUGACCUAUAAUUGUAUUUGUAUAGAGAAACUAAAAUGUUUUGAGAGGAAAAUUAAUUGUUUUGCUACUUGGUAACAUAACUAUUGCGGUAUAAAUGUAUUAGGUAGUUAAUUAGCAUGUUAUCAUUCAAGUGGGUCUAUAUUACUAGACUACACUAGCAUUAUGGGUCAGGAAACUGGCCAGGUAUGAGUAGUUGAGGACUCGAGAUGGCGCUAUUGGUUCGCUUUAAGAAAUAUUUCAGAUUUAAUAUCAGGGGAGUAUUUCACAAAAUAAAUACUGAUUUUCACAAUUGUUAUAAGCUACUGAAAUGAGUGUAGCUGAUUGGCUGAGAGAAAUUUGUCAGUGAAAAUUGCUUACAGUUGCUUCAUAAAACACUUCCCUAUAAUAGAAAAAAAAUUAUAGUGAUUUCUUUCUGAAGAUUGAUGAUUGUGUUUUGAUUUGUAGCUCUUGAAAUCUUAAAAUUGAUCGUAUUCCAUGCCCAUUAAUAAAAUAUACUUUGCCAAAAUAUUGUGUAGAGAUUUUUGGUUGAGAAAAUUUGAUGGCCAUUCCAUCUUCAUUGAAAAACAGGAAUGCUUGGAAGCAAACAUUUUGGUUUUAUAUUGUUGUUUCAAUGAUGUAAAGAGUAGCAACAAUGUUUAGUGGGCUUAUGUUACAAGACACCACUUUUAAAAUGUUAUAUCCAUUCAUUGUAAGGACCCAGAACCUAUCGAAGUACAUACAUGUGCUGUAGUUAUGGUUAAUUAUGUUUUGUUCAGAGUAGCUGAUUUGCUUUAAAGGGCAAAUCAACCAGCAGC